GAGGCUAAGCUCAAAUUCAUCAUUUCACAUAUCUAGUACCCAAUGACUGUGAUUGACGAUGCAUUAGAGCAAGAGUUUCGUUCUAGCUCGACACGAUAAGCGAUCCAUUAGCUCCUGAUAUCAGAACCCUUUCAACUUAGCUCCAUCGUUGUCUCAAGCUAGUUCGAACAUUCAUUUGAACUAGUAAAACCAUAAUGAAUUCCCCCAAGAAUCUUGAAAUCAAACGUUCCAUCAUCCUAAAAAUCAUCAAUUCGAAGAAAGUAUUCAUUCAAAGCAGCCAACACUGAUUCAAAAAAGGGCAAUAUCAACAAACAACAACCAUGGCCGAUCCGAACCGUCUCCACAAGAUGUUCAUCAGCGAUGGCGACGACAUGUGUAGAACCUGCAGCUACAUGCUACUAACUACCUACGGCCUAUUCGGACUCAUCACGCGCGGAUUUGAUCAUGGAUGGAUCCAUUAUCCUCAAGAACCCAUGUCAUCAUCCGAAGAUGUCACAUCUCCUUCUGACACACCUUCCACUCCCAAAAGCCCAUAUGACCUUAAACUCGUGGGCUGGGGAUGUCACUUUUGCGCCCUGGUUCUCAGUGAUCCAAAAGCGAGCCAAAAAGGCUCACAAGUUACUCACCCCUCAGUCGCUCACAAAUACGUCAUUGAGAAACACCACGAGUUCCGACAUAUCGGCUUUCGCGCAAUCAUUGUCAACGACACGGGCGAAGAGGUCGAAAAUCCGUUUAGAUAUCGCAAGUUCUCGUUAACGGGCAAGAGCUCAGAUCUUCUACAGAUGACGGAGGUGGUGGAAUAUUUUCACAAGAAUCAUCUUCACGUGGGAGGCGUCGCCGUUGAGAGGGGAAGUGAGGUAUCUCACACGGUCGAAUGGCAUAUUCAGAUGGGUUCUCUGUAUCCGGGCGUAAGCGCAGAGUACCCAUGGUACCGAUUCACUGGUGUUUUUGAUUUGUCCAGAACAGGAGGGUUAAGACGGAAGGGAACAGGAGGGGUGUUGAAUCCCAGGAAAAAACUCCCUCCGAGUAAUCUCCGCAUUUGUGACAAAGAUACUCCUGCAGACGUCGAACUAUGCAAUAUCAAAAUGCUAAGUACGAAACUACAAUGUCUUAUGCUACAAGAGGAAUGAAUGGCAUGAUUUUCUUGGCCGGCGUUUGGGAGUUUCUGGAAGCAUGGAUACCCACUUACUUGGUAGCCGAAAUAUUGGAUUUUCUGAAAUGUAUUAGCAAUCUGGGAAAGGAUGAGGAUUAGCCUGGCA